AUGGAUGGAUGUUCUCUCGCCGACAUUUCCGGGCACUCCGCCAUUCUAGUCCCAACAAACACUUCCCCAGAUGGACACAAGCCUUAUGACUCUGAAUUUAAGAGCCAGCGCUGCCCAGCUUAUACCCACGACCCCUCUCAAAGCAUGCCACUACUGGAGAGGCUGCAAAGCCAGGGUCUGAACACCGCAAUGGAAAUGGAAGCCGCCGGAGAAAAGUCUAGCAAAAUGCAACCCCAGACGGGGAAAAUCUGCAGAGCCCUGAGCUACAUCACGGGGGACAUGAAGGCGUUGGGAGAGUGGCUGAAAGAUAAGCCUCUGGUGUUUCAGUUUGUCGACUGGGUUCUGCGUGGCAUCUCUCAGGUGAUGUUUGUCAGCAACCCGCUGAGUGGUCUGCUCAUGUUAGCUGGAUUCCUCGUCCAGAGCCCUUGGAUCACACUGACAUGUUGCACUGGAGUCAUUGUCUCAACAUUAACAGCACUGAUCCUGUGCCAAGAGAGGUCAGCCAUUGCUGCGGGACUCUACGGCUACAAUGGCGUGCUGGUAGGAAUGCUCAUGGCUGUGUUUUCCGACAAGGGCGAAUAUUACUGGUGGCUUUUGCUUCCUGUUGCUCUCAUGUCCAUGACGUGUCCUAUUUUCACGAGUGCCUUGGCCUCCGUCUUCAGCAAAUGGGACCUGCCGGUUUUCACGCUGCCCUUCAACCUGGCUCUGAGCAUGUUCGUGGCUGCCACUGGCCCCCACAACCCCUUCUUCCCCUCGACGCUCAUUCAACCCGUGGCCUCGGUGCCCAACAUAACGUGGUGGGAGGCCGAAGCAUCUUUGAUUUUGCAGUCCGUCCCAGUGGGAGUUGGGCAGGUGUAUGGCUGCGAUAACCCUUGGACUGGAGGCAUUAUCAUGGUGGCUCUGUUCAUUUCCUCCCCACUCAUCUUCAUCCAUGCCGUGAUUGGCUCAGCACUGGGGGUGCCUGCAGCCCUGAGCCUAGCCACACCUUUCAACAAUAUUUACGCCGGCUUGUGGAAUUACAACAGUUGCCUGUCCUGCAUCGCAAUCGGGGGCAUGUUCUACGCCCUCACCUGGCAGACCUUCCUUCUUGCACUUGCUUGUGCAUCUCUCCAGAGUCUCAAGCACAGAGAGCUUAUUUCCCAUGACUUCCUCCCUGAAGAUGCCAGGGAUUGA